AUGCUAAUCCUUCUUGUCGUCUUUGGCAAUGGAAUGGUGAUUUUUGCCGUAGGAGUUGAUCGAAAGCUGCGCAGUGUCACCACGAACAAGUUCAUCGCCUCGUUGGCGAUUUCAGACCUUCUUGUUGGACUCGUAGUAAUGCCAUUGUCCUUAUACUAUAAGAUGCACGACGAUGUUUGGACACUUGGCUAUAUGUGGUGCCAAUUUCAUCUCGUUUCUGGAGUUUUCUCCACAACUGCUAGUAUUGUUCAUCUUGUCGCGAUUAGCUUGGACCGCUAUUUUGCAAUAAUGUUUCCUACGGAAUAUCAGCGGCAUUCUGUCUCGAUGUCAACCGUUCCAUAUAUUGUUAUGAUUUGGAUGAUGGCGUUGGCUGUGAGUUCAACAUUAUUCAUGGAGCAGAAAGCGUCGUUUGACGGAAUUUGCUGGAUCAGCAACCCGCAAUACAUUGUGUUGUCGUCGUUCCUCUCCUUCUUCCUCCCUGGAGCCAUUGUCGUCUACUUGUACUUGAAGAUAUUCAAGAAGCUUCGAACUCAUCAAUUGUACAUGUUCGGCCAGUUGUCAUCGCAUCAUCGAAGCGGAGAGCGUCGACAUUCGCUACCACGAGUCAUUAUAGAAGAAGUGCGAUCAAGAAGGGGCUCACGAAUGUCUCAGAGCGGUUCGCAGAAUGGGAGUCCGACUCGUCGCCAGAGUGGCGGCAGCAAAGAGCGUUCGCCGAGUCAACCCGAUAUUCACAUCGUUGCAAAACCACAACAAAGAUGGCGUUCUCCUACGAUAUGUGCAGAAACCUUAGCUCAUGAUCGUCUUUUGGCUUCGAAGAAGCGUGUUUCGAUAGUUCCUGAUCCUCCGUCAAUGGAUGUUUCAUGCAAUAUGGCAUCUUUUGAUCAAAUGAAAGAUGAGCAUCAUCACAAUAAAAUGCGUGAAGAAGAAUUGUUGAAUUGCGAUGAACAAGUGCAGCGGAAAAAAAGCGAAGAAGAAGUUCGCAAAUUGAGCGACGAAAGAAAACGGAUUAUAAGCGAACGACGCAAAUCGAGCACUCAGGAAAAUCCGAAUGGAAUUCCGAUUAUGACUGCUUUUCAAAAAGCAUAUCAAGAAGUUCGCGCGGGAAGACGAAGGUCGACUCUGGAUUAUCAUUAUCCUGUACUGAGCACUGUUGAUGAUGAGGAAGCUCCAACGCCGCCGCCGAAAGGAGAUGAGGACGACACUGAACUUGCAACUAGCCCGAGUGUUCACAAACUGUCAAGUGGAUCAAGCAUCGCUGAAACGGUCAUCGCUCUUCUACCGAAAAAGGAAACGAUUUUGACGAAAACUGAUUCGCGGGAAGAUUCGGUCUCGACGGAUGCGAGUCAAAAGCCGUUAUUGGGACCUCCAAUUCAUCAUCAUUACACGAAACGUCUGAGUCGAUCCGAGCCAAGAUACCAGCCGUCGAUUCCAGCUCCGACAUUCCUAAUGGUCCCUGCAAUGAUGUCAGUGAAUACACCACCACAAACACCGCAAUCCAAAGAAAUUCCCUCGAACUGUGGAGCUUUGCUGCAGGUUCCGAGACUCUUCGACUGCCCAUCUCUAUGCAGCGUUCCUUCAAACAGUAGCCAUUCGUCGUAUACAUCGGCCAGUGGAAGCAGUGACACUUACAGAAGAAUUUCGAUGAAUAGCUAUGGGAGCAGUUUGACUGAUGGCACUGAAUCAAUGUUUGAAUGCGAUUCGAGACGUUCUUCUGCUUGGUCAACUAUUCGAGCGGCAGUUUUCGAGCGUGGACAAGUUCGCGGAGCAAAAGCUAGCGUUGAUAUUACUGUUGAUCGAUCAGGCUCACCACAAAAAAAGUCAUCGGCAAUAAGUCGCGGAAAACUUCGGAGAAUUGCAACACAAGUGACUAGAGCGAUUAGAAGGAUACGACGCGAAUCGAUGGCAAUUCGGCGAGAAUCAAGGGCUACUCGUGUCGUCGCUGCUAUUCUAAUGGCAUUUCUUAUAUGCUGGAUACCGUACUUCUGCGUUUCUGUGGUACGAGGUGUUCUGAUGGGAUUCCAAAUCAAUACCGACAAUUCGAUUCAUUUGCAAUUGUUUGUUUUCACUUCAUGGCUUGGAUAUGCUCAUUCAUGUUUCAAUCCGGUGAUCUACAUGUGCCUCAAUAAAAACUUCCGAUCCACUAUGAAACGAUUAAUUCGAAAAUCGAAAGCUCGCGAAUAA